AUGGCUUCCUUAACAAGUACACGGGCGAAGUCUAAAGUCGCAAUCGCUAGCUCCUCCUCUUCAGAUCUUCACCUCGACCAUCCUACACCCGAAGAAUGCAUCCAGAUAUGGACAAUUACGGCUGAUGAAUGGAAAGAUUCUUUGACUAAGCCCUUGUACAUGCUCGAGUCCGCGUACCUCACCACAGUCCCACUUGCAAAAGACGGAGGCAUGACGACCUGGGUUCUCGUUGACAAAACUUCGCCGCCAAAUGAGCGGAAUAUCUUCUGCUCAUGUGAAACCUUUCGCAAACGCUGUCUCGUGAGCGAUAGCAUGGGGAACAUGACGGAGAGAAUCGUUCAUGGGGCCGCCAGCGUCUUCUGUCCAGAAAGGUUUCGCGGCCGCGGCUUCGCAGCUCGUCACAUGAAGGAGUUAGCGACGGUUCUGCGCGGUUGGCAGUCCGAGAACGGAAGGAUCAUUGGAAGCGUCCUGUACUCAGACAUAGGAAAGGAGUUUUAUACCAAGAUGGGAUGGACACCAAACCCAAUCAACGGGCACCUGGUGUUGCCGCCUGCAAAGAUGAAGAAACCUGCGACUUCACGGCCAAUCUUCGAAUCGGAUCUGGAGAGCCUAUGCCUCAGGGACAAGGCCAUGAUACAAAAUGACAUGGCCACACCGAGUCCGUCACGCAAGCGGGUGGUUAUUCUACCAGACUUGAAUCAUAUGUUAUGGCACAUUCGCAAAGAAGACUUUGCUACCAAGCAGAUCUUUAGUAAAAAGGCAGUGAUAAAGGGAGUCAUCACUGGAGUGGCUGGGAAACAGGUCUGGGCUACUUGGGUUCGUCGUUACUACAGGCACCCAGACCCCCAUAGCAUUGAGGGUGCAGAUAAUAAGAAUGUUCUUUAUAUUCUACGCCUUGUGGUAGAAGGGGAUGAGACUGCGAACAAGCCACGCGAAGCAAACAUCACGAUAUCGAUGAAAGAUUAUGCAGAGCAAGCUGCUGCGUUGAAGGCUGUGAUGCAGGCUGCUCAAGCAGAGGCGGCAGAUUGGAGGCUAGACCAGGUACAACUAUGGGAUCCAUCUCCCAUGGUAAAGGACCUUUUGGAUCAAAGCGACUUAGAUGCCGUUUACGUUGAGAGGCAGAGUAAUAGCAUUGCUAGUCUACUAUGGUUCGAGGAUGGCGAGGAUUUGGGACCAGAGGACGCUCCGAUUUUGAUUAACAAUGAGCAUUAUGCGUGGUGUUAG